CGGUUUAUCCUCAAACCCCCACCAUCUCCUCGUACGACCGUGUACGGUUCUUUCAGCUGCGAUUUUUCGCUCACUGAUCUCUUUCCAUAGGGCCCAAACAUGUCCUCGAUAGAUACUGUGGCUCGAAUUGCGUUCAUUGCAUCAGACACUCUGCUUCAUUCGUUACAGCCGAAUUCUUCCAGUUCACACUACUCUUCAGUGUUUGACAAUGUCGCAAGGGCAUCUAAGCGAACCCCGAAUGUCCUCCCAGUGCCUCAUCUAGCCGACCCAGCUGCAGCCAUCAAACGUGCUUCGUCAAAUUCAGCUCUCAUCUCCUUCACUUCUACAUCAACCUCACAGUCAAUCACAAGACUCGUUUUAGCCUCUUCAGAGCUCUCAUCACUCCCUCUCGUCCUACACAUCGCCGUUAGAGACGACCUUUCGGAUGCGCUACUCUUGCGGGCCGUCGGACCGUUUUUCCUUCUUUCCAUCAAUGCUCAGCAGGCUCACGACAAUGCGCUGCUAGCUUCAAAGUUAGCCCGCUCUGAGAAAAAGGCGGUCGUUCACAUCUUCUAUUCAGAUGCUUCGUCUCAUGAUUCUCCUGCGGAGGAAAUACCCGAGGAGCGAAUCGUAUCGUUCUUGUUCGAAUCUAAUCCCACCGCCACUAUCAGCCACCUGAACGGCAAUGGUCAUGUUAAUGGUUCUAAUGGGCAUACGAAUGGACACGUUAACGGCGCUAACGGCCAUUCAAACGGACACGCUAAUGGUUCUAAUGGUCAUACCAACGGUCACAGUAAUGGCCACACGAAGACGAACGGCAGCAACGGUCACCUUAAUGGCCACGCCAACAGCGGAUACAGCCAUGAAGACGAACACCCCGCACUUCAUGCAUUGUUCAAGGCCUAUGAACAUGCUUCCCUCAGCACAGUCUCGCUUGUUCGACGGCCGAUAAGACCGUUCGUCGCCAAAAGUCCGCCAGAACCACACACUGUUAUCUUCUUAUUAGGAAAUGGCGGACUUGACAUCGAGAUCGACGGUGUUGCCUUUGCGUCGGUAUCCCUCCUUUCACCUCUGCUUCCAUCUAGGAUUCUUCAUGAAAUCCCGUCCUCCGUAUCUCGCGUGGUAGUGCUGGAACAAGCCAGUCACUGGUCCAUGAAAUGGCUUCCCCUAUAUCUUGAUGUGGUCAGCGCGUUGCAGAAAAUCGAACCCUCAUUACGUCCAACUGUUCAUUCAGGUGUCUUGGGAGACUUGGCGAACAUCACUCCGGCCGACAUCUUGAAGCUGCUCCAGCACGCUAAUACGUCUAUGCCUUCAUCUCGCCUCACUCUGGGAUCCAUACCCACAUCUCCCACCUCAUCUCAUGCAGAACCACACGUCCCCAAACAUGAGCUUUCUUACACGAAGAUUCUUUCCCACCUCUUCCAGGACAGGCUCGAUGUAUGCAACUCGCCCUCCCUCGUUGCAUCUCAAGGAGAGAUUGCGACCACCCCGGAAUUCGCCCUUGGUCGUGUACGUGGCCAGCUCGGACAGAGGGACGAGCUCGUUGCAGCCGUUCGAGAACUCCUCCAGGUCCCCGACUUGAACGCCAAUCUACACUCCCUCCUAAGCAAGUGGGUGCUAGCCAAGGACCACGCAACUAAGGGUCGUGCCCUAGGAGAUGAUAUCGUGAAAUUCCUUAAGGCAACUCCCGUUUCCCAUACUGCAGCCUCCCGAAUUCUAUCUCUCCGCGCUCAUUUCCCCGCCCGAUCUCGAUGGAUCAUAGGCUCUGAUGCGUGGUCCUAUGAUAUUGGCUCAUCUGGUCUUCAUCAUGCCAUCGCUUCGGGACUAAACAUCAACAUUCUCAUCAUCGACACUAUCCCUUACACUGCUCGUAACACCGGUGACCCAAGUCGCCGCAAACACGACGUUGGUUUGUACGCCAUGAACCACGGAGACGUCUAUGUGGCUAGCGUUGCAGUCUACUCAUCUUAUGCCCAAGUCCUACAAUCGAUUAUGGAAGCGGAUGCGUACAACGGUCCCAGUGUGGUUUUAGCAUACCUUCCCUACAGGUCCGAAGACGCUCCCGCCUUGGACAUUGUUAAGGAAACCAAACUCGCCGUCGACGCUGGCUACUGGCCGCUCUACAGGUGGGAUCCAAGCAAAGAACGCGUGGGCAAGGAACCUUUCUCUUUGGACUCGGAUUCCGUCAAGAACGAUCUUCAACAGUUCUUGGAUAGACAGAACCACUUGUCCCAGCUUGUUUAUUCCAAACCCGAACUUGCUACUGAGAUUGUGAGCAGUCUUGGUGAGAAUGUGAAGGAGGCGAGGAAACGGAAGGCUACCCAGUCUUACAACGAGUUGUUGAACGCACUCGAUGCUCCUCCGGUCACCAUCUUGUAUGCCUCUGACGGUGGUGCAGCUGAGAAAGUGGCGAAGAAGUUGGCUAGUCGGGCUAAAGUCCGGGGGUUGGAGGCUACUUUAGGAACGAUAGAUUCGAUGAACCUGGAUACCCUAGCGAACGAGGAGCAUGUGAUGUUUAUCACUUCUACAGCAGGUCAGGGAGAACCACCACAGAAUGGUCGUCAGCUCUUCAAGGCUUCCAAUGCCGCUGCAGCUCGAGGGGACAAGCUCUUCACCAAGCUCAAGUAUGCCGUCUUUGGAAUGGGUGAUAGUAAAUACUGGCCUCGACCUGAGGAUGCUCACUACUACAAUAAGCCCGCCAGGGAUUUGGAUGCUCGUCUCGAAAAGAUCGGCGGUGAACGAGUGAUUCCCCUCGGACUUGGUGACGAUCAGGAUGCGGAUGGGUACAUGACUGGUUAUCAAGAAUGGGAGCCACUGGUGUGGAAGUUGUUUGGUGUUGACUCUAUCGAAGUCACCGAGAAGGAACCCGAUCCUAUCACGAACGAGCAUAUCAAAGCCGCCUCCAACUACCUCCGUGGAACGAUCGCUGAAGGUCUUUUGGACACUUCCACCGGCGCCUUGGCUCCUAGUGACACCCAACUUACCAAGUUCCACGGUAUCUAUCAGCAAGAUGACCGUGAUAUUCGUGAUGAACGUCUCGCUCAAGGUGUUGAGCCUGCCUAUGCGUUCAUGAUUCGAGUUCGAAUGCCCGGCGGUAUAUGUAAGCCCGACCAGUGGCUGCAGAUGGACCAGAUUGCGGACGAACAUGGAUCUGGUACCUUCAAGAUCACGACACGACAAACUUUCCAAUUCCACGGAGUCAUCAAGAGGCAUUUGAAGCCUGCGAUCAAGGAUAUCAACCGUGUGUUGCUUGACACAUUGGCUGCAUGCGGUGAUGUCAACAGAAACGUGAUCUGCUCUUCCAUCCCAUCCAAAUCCAAACUGCAUGCCCAAGUGCACCAGUUCUGCGUCACCGUUAGUAAUUAUCUGAUUCCUCGAACUACCGCGUACCACGAAAUCUGGCUGGACAAGAAGAUGGUAGCUGGUGAGGCUUUGAAGGUUGUUGAACCUGUCUAUGGCGAGUUCUAUCUCCCUCGUAAAUUCAAGAUCGCGGUCGCGGUACCUCCCACCAAUGACGUUGACGUUUUCGCAAAUGAUCUCGGCUUUAUUGCGAUUGUCGAGGAGAGUGGCAAGCUUACCGGUUUCAACGUUGCCAUCGGAGGUGGUAUGGGCGUCACCUUCGGCAACAAGAAGACAUACCCCCGUACUGCGGACGUUAUUGGAUUCUGUACGCCUGAACAAGGGAAAUAUGUUGCGGAAGCUGUUGUGAUCGUGCAGCGGGAUAACGGUAACCGAGCAGAUCGUAAGAACGCCCGACUAAAAUACACUAUCGACCGAAUGGGUUUGGACGUCUUCAAGGCUGCAGUCGAGAAACAGCUCGGCUAUGAGCUACAACCCGCUCGUGCAUACACCUUUGACCGAAACAUUGACGACUUCGGCUGGACUACUGGAGAAGAUGGCAGACAUCACUUUACGAUGUUCAUCGAGAAUGGGCGUAUCCAGGAUGAGCCAGGAAAGGAUUUCAAGACUGGCCUACGUGAAAUCGCCAAGGUCCACAAAGGAGCCUUCCGUCUAACUACCAAUCAACAUCUGGUGGUGUCUGAUAUUCCAAGUGAAGACCUACAUCUGAUCAAGGGAAUCCUGGCCAAGUACAAAAUGGAUAACCUCAACCAUUCUGGUCUUCGACUUUCGUCGUCCGCUUGCGUUGCCUUCCCUACAUGCGGCCUGGCCAACGCAGAAUCAGAACGAUAUCUCCCCAUUCUCAUCGACAAGGUCGAAAGGAUUUGCGAGGAGAACGGCCUACGUAAUGACUCGAUUGUUAUGCGUAUGACUGGUUGCCCCAAUGGUUGUGCGCGUCCAUAUGUUGCAGAAAUUGCAUUUGUGGGCAAGGCUCCAGGUCAAUAUCUUAUGUUGCUUGGUGGUGGGUACUAUGGUCAGCGUGUAAACAAGAUAUACAAUGAAUCUGUCACUGAGCCAGAGAUCUUGGCCAUCCUCCGACCUAUGAUCAAGCGUUACGCUCUCGAGCGCCACGAAGGUGAACAUUUCGGAGACUGGACCAUUCGAGCUGGUUACAUCGCCAAAACGAACCAGGGCAAGGAGUAUUACGAUCGGAUGGGUGGGGAGGAGCAAUUCCAGACCCAACCAUAGAGUCCACAGAUCUUAUAUGCAUCUUAAAUACUGUAUGUAUACCUAGGAUUUCACGUUGUAUGUUAUCAUUUACAAACACAGACUCGCCGUAAAUUGCACCUCCGUCGC